GUAGCAACUUACUUCCACCUUGUGCGUGAUACGUCUACAAACAUUCAGCUGCGCCACUACCAAAUCGCAGUUGCUCCUCCGCUACGGUGUGGAGAUCGAGCACCAGCGUUCAAUAGAGCCGAACAGGGGAGACAGCAGACAAAGUCUACUUUGAACAGCAAUAUUCCUAAGCAAAAGGAGAAAGCGUAGAAGAGCCGCAAUGUCGAACCUGCCCUCUUCGAAAGUGAACCGCAGUCGUCGCAACUGCGUGGAGCAGGCGUGGACCUACUUCAACACCGCCUUUAGCACCACCGGUGGCCUCAAGGUGCUGCUGUGCGACGACGCCACGCGUAGCAUCCUCUCCGUGACCUACUCCCAGCACCAGCUCCUCCAGCACAACAUUGUGCUGGUGGACAUGCUGGCGAAUCGCGAGCGCUACCCCAUGAAGCACUUCUCCUGCGUCAUUGUCUGCCGCCCGACGGCGGCCUCGCUCGCGUCGGUGUAUCAGGAGCUCGCGGAGGGCAACUUCUCCUCCUACGACAUCUUCUUUACGUACAUGCUAGACGCUGCCUUGGUGCAGUCGCUGGCCAACGCGGAUGUCAUCAACCUGGUCGCCCACGUUGGUGAGAUCUACGUCGAUUCGAUCCCGCUCACGGAGUGGGUCUGCCUCACGCAGCUGAAGCCGUCCCCGCUCUCCAAAGCCCCCACCCCUCUCGUAAACCCCAUCACGUACAGCCAGUGGGACCCCAAGUCGCUGGAGCGGAUGUCGGAGGGCAUCAUCAGCAUGCUGCUCUCCACCAACCGCCGGCCGGUGAUCCGCUACCGCGACGGCAGUAAGGUGUGCGCGAAGCUGGCGACGGAGGUGGCGGCGCGCAUGAAGAACGUGCACGCCACCUUUCCCGACCUCAAGGCGACCGAGAGCGUCCUGAUUAUUCUGGACCGCAAGGACGACCCCGUCACGCCGCUGCUGAUGCCGUGGACGUAUGAGGCGAUGAUCCACGAGCUGAUUGGCUUUCAGCGCGGCAACGAGGUGGUGAUCGACGACCCCGACGCGAAGCCGGAGGACCGUUUGCAGGUGCUGACGCCGCAGACCGACACCUUCUACGGCCAGCACCGCUACGAUGACUGGGGCCAGGUGUGCGUUGCCGUGAGUGAGAUGGUGAAGGCCUACAAGGAGAUGAACAACUUUGACCGCAACACCGUCUCGCUUGAUGAGAUAAAAAACUUCAUGAGUCGCUUCCCCGAAGCACGCAAGCAAUCCGCGCAGGUGACUCGACACUGCGCGAUUGCCAGCGAGUUGGUCGCCGAGAUCAACGGCCGCAACCUGACGCGGCUCUCGGUACUGGAGCAGGACAUCAUCGCGAACAACAACAUCACCGAGCACAGCCGCCUCGUCUUGGAGGUGGUGCAGGACCCCAAGACGGACGUCGACGACGCCCUGCGUAUCGUCAUGCUGUAUCAGCUGCAUUACGAGAAGACCGCCGGCAACAUCAUCACGCAGCUGAAGCAGGAGCUCAUGCAGCGGCAGUGCACGCAGGAGAAGGUGCAGCUCAUCGAUCGCCUCAUCGAGUGCGCGGGUCAGGAGCAGCGACGACACGAAAUCUUCAAGACAUCAACGGGCCACAUGUUCAAGGCCGUCGCCAAGGCGGUCGGUCAGUUCGGUAAGGAUGUGCAGAACGUGCUCACGCAGCACGUGCCGCUUAUUAAAAAGAUCAUCAACCGUGCCUACAACGGCACCUUGUUGCUGGACAACUACCCGGUGCAGGAGGUGGCAGGGUGCCCUGUCUCCUCCGCCCAGGCCCCUUUUGUGCGUGGCAAGGACAUCGUGGUGGUGUACGUGGGCGGCAUCACCUACGCGGAGGCCAUGCUGCUCUCGCAGAUCAACGACGGCACCGUGGACAACAACCAAGAGGCGCUGUUGAACCUGGGCAAACAGGUGACGCGCGGUCUUGGCAGUGGCGGCGGCGGUGCUGCGGGGCCUUCGACGGAGCCGUAUACCGCCAAAAUAGAGGCGCAUGUGUCGCUGGUCACGACGGCGGUGAUCAACAGCAAGGACUUUAUUCGCUCCUUGCCAACGUGA